AAUGACAAAUAUUGAACAAACUUGGGAAUAUCUGUGUCCUAGAACCACUUAUGGAUUUGAAUUUGAACCCAUCACAUGGAAUCUAAUGCGGCUCUACUUUGAGAAAUUCGUGCAUUAGACUCGGUCAAUUCUAAACCAUUCUUGACGCAUAUGUCACAGCUUUUUCUAGAUUCUCUUCCAUUUGAGGCUUGAAAAGUUCUCAAAUUUUCGUCGGCAGCUGUUAACGAAACUUCAGAUCAUCCUCCAUGAUACCCUUCGAAUUUUAAUUUUAGUUAUUUGUAUGGGCUAUUAAGCUUGCAUCAUGGCUUUCCACCAUAUGUAUUUUAUGGUGUGCAUCGCUUAUUUGUAUGGUCUCUUCUUCAUAACUGGACAAGUUCAGGCAGCACCCACAGACAUGAAUGAAAUUGAAACACUGAGGAUAAUUUUACAGAAACUUGGUAAAAGAGAUUGGAAUUUUAGUGGAGAUCCCUGUACAAACUUUCAACGAUUCAGUUGUGAAUAUGACAAUAACAACAAUAUUUGGCGUGUCACCAACAUAACACUUCCAAGCCUAAAUCUGAAUGGAGUGCUUCCACCAGAACUAGCCAAUCUAUCACAUCUUGUGGGACUAGAUAUCUCAGAUAACUAUCUCAGUGGCUCAAUACCUAGAGAAUUUGGUUCCAUGCGUGCCUUGAGAAAUUUAUCUCUCUCAGGAAAUCUCUUGUCUGGUCCUAUUCCAAAGGAGCUCGGAAAUCUUGCAAGCUUGAUUGAAUUAAGCCUUUAUUCCAACAAUCUUAAUGGUACGCUUCCCGAAGAGAUUGGAAACUUGACAGCUCUGCGGAAUGUAUAUUUAUCUUCUAAUCAAUUCAGUGGAGAGAUACCUCCAACAUUUGUCAAGCUACAGAAUCUUACAGAAUUUUUUGCAUCUAGCAGUGGUUUCGUGGUUAAAAUACCAAAUUUUAUUGGGAAGCUGAUCAAGCUUGAAAAAUUGAUACUUCAAGGAACUUCUUUAAAGGGACCACUUCCUUCAUCUAUUGAGAAUUUAAUUCAGAUGAAAUACUUGAGGAUAAGUGAUAUAGCCGAAGGUGGUUCAAGUUUGGACUUUCUAAAAAAUCUCAUAAAUCUGGAGGAAUUAGUUCUAAGAAACAACAACAUCACUGCAAAAAUUCCAGACAUAAGUAACUCGAUGAAAUUGCAAGCUCUGGAUUUAAGCUUUAACAAUUUAUAUGGAGAUAUUCCAAAAUCUCUCAGUGAAUUUUCGAAUUCAAAAUUUUUGCUCCUUGGGAACAAUAGUUUGUCAGGUCCAAUUGAUCAUUGGUUGUUUGAUUCAAACUACAAAAUAAUAGACUUAUCUUAUAAUAAAUUAACAGGAGAUAUUCCAUCAGAAUUUACAAGUGAAAGUUCGAAAAGAAUGAAUUUGAUUGGUAACUUUUUGAAAAGUCCAAUCCCUAAUGAUCACAGCUGGAUUGCUCCUCUCCAAAGGAACUAUAUGUCUAAUAAACAAGCACCAAAUUAUCAUUUGGCUAUUAACUGUGGAGGACAACAACUAAAAUCCUCUUUAUAUGGACUGGAUUUUGACAGUGAUUUACAUGAAUUUAAUGACUCAACAUUCUAUCUGAGUCCUAAACAAAAUUGGGGUGUUAGUAAUAUAGGUUAUCUUAUGAAACAUUAUACAGAAUACAUGCCUGAGUUUGAGACUCCACAAAUAGUUAAGGGUAACAGCCCACCUAACUCCAUUGAUCCACAACUGUACAACACAGCACGUACUUCUCCUUCCUCUCUGAGGUACUAUGGCUUGGACCUCCAAAACGGACUAUACAAUGUAACACUCCAUUUUGCAGAGAUACAGUUUCCAGCCACCCAAAAUCCAAAAAGAGUCCGGAUAUUUGAUGUUUAUAUUCAGGGAAAGAAUGUAUUGAAAGAUUUUAAUAUAAUGGAAGAAUCUACAGAGAAAAAUCCUGUAGUUGUCAAGAACUUCACUACCAAUGUCACAAAUAAUACCCUAGAGAUUCACUUUUUUUGGGCUGGUAAAGGAACAUGUUGCGAGUCACAAGAAGAAAUCUAUGGACCUUUAGUGUCAGCUAUUAUAGUUGAUUCUGAAUUCAAACCUCAUAAACCCAAGAAUACUAAGGCUAUUCAAAUAACUAUAAUUAUUGUAGUAGUGGGGACCCUGGGCCUUUUGCUAGUAGUGUCUUUAGUCUUUAUCAAGAAGACAAAAAAGUGGGAAAGCAUACUCUACUUCGUUAGAAGAGACAAAGGCUUAGCAGAAUUAAAGAAAAUGACAGGAAAUUAUUUCAGCUUAAGGUUGAUGAAAAUUGCAACACAAAACUUUGAUCCCAAAAAUAAGAUAGGAGAGGGUGGAUUUGGUGCAGUUUAUAAGGGGAUUCUACCAGGUGGGAGAAAAGUAGCAAUAAAGCAAUUGUCGCAUCUGUCCAGACAAGGGAAUCGCGAGUUUCUGACUGAAGUAAGCACAAUAUCUGCAGUGCAACAUCCAAAUCUUGUCAAACUUUAUGGUUGCUGUGCAGAAGGAGGAGAGCUUCUCCUGGUAUACGAAUACAUGGAAAAUGGCAACCUUGCUCAAGCUUUAUUUGAUCCUGGUGAGGCUAGGGUCAAGCUAGAUUGGCCCACAAGGUACAGAAUUUGCCUAGGAAUUGCACGAGGGAUUGCAUAUCUUCAUGAGGAGUCACUUCUAAGAAUUGUGCAUAGAGACAUCAAACCUACAAAUAUUCUUCUAGACAAAGAUUUAAAUCCCAAAGUUGCAGAUUUUGGUUUGGCUAGGCUCUUUGAUGAGGAAAGUACUCAUGUCAGCACAAGGGUUGCUGGAACCAUUGGAUAUAUGGCUCCAGAGUAUGCUUUGAAAGGGCAUCUCUCAGAGAAGUCAGAUGUUUACAGCUUUGGAGUUGUUGUGCUUGAAGUUGUGAGUGGCAGAACCCACACAGACACGAGCUUGGAAGAGGAAAGAUGCUAUCUUCUUGAAUGGGCUUGGCAAUUAUAUGAGCAAAAGAAGACUCUUGAAUUGGUAGAUUUGAACCUAUUGCAAUCAGGAUACAAUGAAGAAGAGGUGGUAAGAAUGAUUCAUGUGGGUCUACUGUGCACCCAUGAGAAUCCUGAUGCAAGGCCUUGUAUGUCCACAAUUCUUGAAAUCAUGGAGGGUGGCAUGGCAACACCUGCUCCACAGUCUCAUCCAGGGUAUCUCAAUCAGUGGCAAGCUUGGGAGCUGGCUGCUGGAAGGCACCAUGUUCAAGCACAAUCCUCAGCAACAAGUAAGAGCUCAGGCUCCAACCAAAAAGGAUCUGGAAAAGACAGCUCUUAAGCGUUAAGAAAAAAAGCUUCAAAGUUAAAUAAGAAAUACCGCUUCGGCCAAAGUACAGAUCAUGAUUAUGAAUAAUAUACUCAACACUAUACUAUCUAGUUAGACAGAUUUUCCAAUACUCCCAUUCAUCUUUACUGUAGCUAUCUAUUUAUUGUUUUCAAAUUAAUGAAAAAGGGUGCACUUUUGUACUUGGGUAAUUAAAGGGCUCUGAGCUGAUAAUGCCUAAAACCUGAUGUCAUGUCUAAACUGCCGCACACACUUGGCAAACUAUUGACAAUAUGUUUAGUAAAUCUCAACAAACUGUGCAUAUUCAUUAUAAACUUGUUUUGUUGAGUUCUUUAAGCCUAGUGCAUUUGUUUUCAACAACAAAAUAUGGCAAGUCCAAUAUUCAACAUUUCUUUGGGUACAUGUUAAGCUCUGCGAUGACUCUCUAAUCAAUAGUUUUCUUGAUGAGA